AUGGAAAACAGCGGGGUUCCUGUCGAUGAUUCUAAGUUUUUGAGGUCCGCCGACACCAACAAAAAAACUGGCGAGAUUCAGGAUCCAGUUAUCAAGGAGGUACUCCAGUUUGUGGAGAGUCGAAAAGAAGAGAUCCUUUCCACUCAGGCUUCUAUGUGUGAAGACGGAUCUUGCGCUUCUUCCAACACCAUAACCGUAGAGCAACUCAACAACCUUGUUCUCGAGAUAACCCUAAGCGAAGUGUGGUGUUGA